AUGGGCAGACGGGAGCCGCGGGCCGCCGCGACGCCGAGAGCAGCCGCGCGGGAGGAAGACUCGGCGCGCGCCGCGGCCCCGCCUCCCGCUUCCGCCCCGGCCGCCGCGGGGCGGGGCCAGCGCCGGCGGGACGGGCCGCCGCGCCUCCAGCCCCGCACUGCGCCGCCGCGGCCCCGCCCCGAUCCGCCCCGCCCCCGGAGGGGAGCCCGCCCAUUGGAGGCGCGGCCCUUUGGCAGCGGGGGCGUGGCCUGGCCGGGCGCGGUGCCCAACCGCUGGGCUCGCCCCGCGCGGAGGCCGGCGCCGCCUCCGGCUGGCCGCCUGGGCCCGCCGCCUCGCCCACGUGGGGACCCCGGGGCGCACCCCCGGGGCCCGCGUUACCUUCCCCGGGAGCGGGAAGUGGACGCUCGGACUCUCGGAAGCCAUGGCGACCGGGUCCCUGCGGCGCGCGUGCCGCGAAUGCGGGCGGCUGAGCGCGCGGCCGGAAGCGGGGGCCGGGCGCGGGGGGAGAGGAGCGAGCGGGGCCGGGGCCCGGGGAGGAGCCGGGGUGGGGGUGCCGGGGUUGGCGCGUGUGCGGGCCGGGCCGUGCCCCCGAGCUUCGGGCGCGCACUCUGGAUCGCGCCUGCGGUGCGGGACCCCGCGCGCGCCGGGCUCUCGCGGCGCCGCCAGCCGCGCCUCGUUCGCCGCCGCCACGGCCCGUCCGCCCGGCCCCGAGCCCGGCGCGGCCGCCCGCGGGGCCCCCGCCGGCCUCCCGCCGCCCCGGAGCUGGGGUCCGGCCGCUCCAAGACGCUGAGCCCCGGAGCCGCGCCGGCCGGGCUGUGCCUCGCGUCCGGCAUGCCCCCCGCCGCGCCCGGCCCCGAGCGCAGCCGGCAGCGGCGGCCCGGCCCGGCCGGUCCCGGGCCCGAGCCGCCCGCCUGGGCGCCGGGCGAAGCGGCGCGCGCGGGCGGCUGCCGCGCCGAGCUGGGCAGCGUGCUGCUGCUGCUGGCGCUGUACGUGCUGCAGGGCAUCCCGCUGGGGCUGGCGGGCAGCGUGCCGCUCAUCCUGCAGGGCCGCGGCGUCAGCUACACCGACCAGGCCUUCUUCAGCCUGGUCUUCUGGCCCUUCAGCCUCAAGCUGCUCUGGGCGCCGCUCGUGGACGCCGUGUACGUGCGCGGCUUCGGCCGCCGCAAGUCGUGGCUCGUGCCCACGCAGUACGUGCUGGGGCUCUUCAUGCUCUACCUGUCCACGCAGGUGGACCGGCUGCUGGGCGCGGGCGGCGGCGCGCCCGACGUGACGGCGCUCACCGUCACCUUCUUCCUCUUCGAGUUCCUGGCCGCCACGCAGGACAUCGCCGUGGACGGCUGGGCCCUGACCAUGCUGUCGCGCGAGAACGUGGGCUACGCGUCCACCUGCAACUCGGUGGGCCAGACGGCCGGCUACUUCCUGGGCAACGUGCUCUUCCUGGCGCUCGAGUCGCCCGACUUCUGCAACAAGUACCUGCGCUUCCAGCCGCAGCCCCGGGGCCUCGUCACCCUCGCAGAUUUCCUUUUCUUCUGGGGAACUGUGUUUUUAAUAACAACAACACUAGUUGCCCUUCUGAAGAAAGAGAACAAAGAAGUAUUAGUAGGAAAAGAAGAGACACAGGGCAUCACAGACACUUACAAGCUGCUCUUUGCAAUCAUAAAAAUGCCAGCAGUUCUGACGUUUUGUCUUCUGAUUCUGACUGCGAAGAUUGGCUUCUCCGCUGCAGACGCAGUGACAGGCCUGAAGCUCGUGGAGGAGGGCGUCCCCAAAGAGCACUUGGCCCUGCUGGCCGUCCCCAUGGUCCCUCUGCAGAUCAUCCUGCCCCUGAUCAUCAGCAAGUACACGGCCGGCCCCCAGCCCCUGAACAUCUUCUACAAAGCCAUGCCCUACAGGUUGCUGCUUGGAUUGGAGUACGCUCUGCUGGUAUGGUGGACCCCAAAAGUAGCACAUCAAGGGGGCUUCCCUGUCUAUUACUAUGUCGUCGUGGUGCUGAGCUACGCCUUGCACCAGGUCACGCUCUACAGCAUGUACGUGUCCAUCAUGGCGUUCAACGCCAAAGUCAGUGACCCGCUCAUCGGAGGCACGUACAUGACUCUCCUCAACACCGUAUCCAACCUGGGAGGGAACUGGCCAUCCACGGUCGCUCUGUGGCUGGUGGACCCCCUCACGGUGAAGGAGUGUGCGGGCGCCUCCACCCAGAACUGCCGGACGCCAGAGGCGGCAGAGUUUUGCAAGAAGCUUGGUGGUACUUGUGUGACGGCCCUGGAUGGCUACUAUGUGGAGUCCAUUAUUUGUGUUUUGAUUGGAUUUGCUUGGUGGUUCUUUUUGGGGCCCAAAUUUAAAAGGUUACAGGAUGAGGGACCAUCUUCAUGGAAGUGCAGAAGGAGCAAUUAAUUCUCUCACUACUGGACAUUCUAGAAAGGUAACUGUAGUUUCAUUUUAAUUCAGAGAGCUACGAUAAUCAGCACAUAGGCGCAUAAAACACUCAAGCAAGGAAAUGAUUUCUACGAAAUGCCCAGUGGUUGCAAUAGACCCUCUGCAUCCCCGCCACCACAUCCUGGUCCCUGUACUCUGAGCUCACGAGGGCCGGACAGCUGCUUCCUGGCCUGGCAUUCCAGUGUGGUCUUGCACCUCCCAGCAGCUGGCCUGGCCUUCCAUCUCUCGGGGACUCGCAUCUCCAGACAACAGCAUGUCCUGAGAUGCAGGGCGGUGCUGCGUGGUGGGUUUUAGUGGGCUCUGAGACCAGGGAGGUUGCUGCAGCUGCCUGCGUCCGCUGGUCAGAGCUGGAUGUCCACGGAGCAGCGGCGUGGUCCGCCUGGCCUGUGGUUUGUUCUUUCAAGUUGCAAAGUGGCUCUAGUCCAUAUGGAAUUUGUGGGGAAGAGGCUGGAAACCACUGGGAUGCCAUUCUGGGUGUUAUUUUUCUGACAUGGCCACAUUGCCCUUUUGAAUCUGUGUUAAAAUACUAUUUUCAAUGUAUUCCUGCUUUUUUUAAGCAUUGAAGAUUUAUAAGAAGAUAAUUUAAACUAUUUUUUAUAAAAUGAAGCUAUGAUUUUAAGUUAAAUAUUGAGGCCCUGCCCCCUGCGUCUCCGAGGUUGUCGUGAGUCCUUGUGAGUCCUUGGUAAUGUGCUUCCCCGCGGCCCACUUGUAUUCCAGGUGUGCCAGGCACACCCUCAUGACCAGGCCGGGGGAAAUAAAGACUUGUUUUCUUCA